AUGUCACACACAAUCCCCCAAGUCCGCAGACGUCCCACGAAGCUUAGGCCAUCCGGAGUAAGACCAGAUUCUAGUAUCGUUCGCGCGUCAGUUUUCGAGACUGCCCUUGAGCUUGGGAUCCAUAAUUCCACCGUUGCAAAUUGGAUAUUCAAUAGCCCCUUGCCCGAGGAGUUGGAAGAGUUGGAGGAUAUUCCUACUGAAAUAGAGGCACAAGAGACCUUGACUCCUGCCCUCACCUUUGGCUCGCAUACUACGAGUGAUGAGUCGUCAACGACGUCCUCCCCGCAAAGCAACGUUGCAUCCGCAAGGCAGAUACACACGCACAAGCCGAGCGUGUUCGAACCUCUCCACGUGCACUUCAAUGAUUUUGCUUCCGCGCAGCUGACUCUAUCAUUGCCUCCACUGAGUACGUCAGUCAAUGAGAAGGAGAGGCCCGGAAGCAUGUCCAAUUUGUCUGGCAAGCCGUCAAAUGAUGUGGGACACCCAUCGAAUGAGGACAUCACACGUCAGACCGACCGCAAGUGUGCCACACCGAGUUCCGCAAGGUCUGAACCGGGGUAUGUGAGCGAUGGUCAAUAUCUUUCUGACAGCGCUGGUUUCAAAAAAUCUGGCAAACUGAAAGGAAGGGGCAAGAAAGGAAAGCCGCCAGCCUUGGACUUCCGUUCUGGUUUUGAUGAAGCGCCUGACUAUUCUUCGGAUGGAGGUUAUCUCUCUGCUUCAUCAAGCAAGUCGCAAGGAAAGUCUAGUAAGGGUAAAUCUAGGGCAAUGGCGUUCUUUCGGAGGAAGCCAAAGAAGCCGCGAGCCAGCGAUGAAGAAGAUGAUAACUACAUACCACCAGUUCCUGCGAUGCCUCCGAUAGCAGUUCCUUCGAGUCCAAGACCUUUGAAGCAUCUUGUUGCAACACCCUCAUCCCCUACGCGAUCUGGCUUCACACCACUGAAGCUAAACUUCAACACCUCGACUCGAGCGUCAAGUCCCGUCUUAAACCCAAGAAAAGACCGCGCCAGUCCCCCACUUGCUCGAGUAGUGGCACCUUCCUCCAUUCCCACUCCUCCUCGACCAUCCGAGCAGACAGUAACUUCGAUGCCGUCGCCUUCGCCUUCGCCUGUGCCUCCGUCUACACCUCCUCUCGCUCUUCCGUCUAUGCCGAUAUCUCGCCCGUCAACUCCCAGUACACCCCUUAGUGUGGUACCGCCUAUCUCACAGGCUCCUGCAACUCCAGUUCGUUCAUCCCCGAUCGCCUCUCCCCGGAAUAUCGCUAUUCGUCCUGCGGCUCCUCCACCUACGCAACCAUUGCCACAGCCACCUCCAUCUCCCAUGCCAUCCAUGUCGUCACAAAGGGCUCCUGGACCACCACCUAUGCAAGCACUACCUCCGGUUCCAGUGCGUCCGCUUCCCAUGCCACCAUCUACGCCGACGACGCCCUCGAGGAGACUGCCGCCUUUCCGACCGGCUGCAGUGGUACCUGGCCCUACAGCUCCAUUAGUCCCUCGCCGGCAUCCACAAGCUCAGUCCCGCAUUCUAUCCUCUCCUCGUCCACAGCCAUCACAUAGCGCAUCUGAUUCAGUUGUCCCGCAAUACAAGCAUGACAAUAGUGAGGCGUCACCGAGGAGGUACCAGAGCCACAGUGUUGCCCCCAGUGAUGACAGAACCAAGAACCACCCUCCCGGGCAUGGUGGUAUGGUACGGAGACAGCAUUCAGAGAUGCCACCACCUCCAUUUCUCCAGCGGCGCAUGCAUGGCGUGCAAGGAUCCCCGCGGCAUCCACCCCCAGAUUCACCUCUCCCACAGAUUCCGAAUGCGCACCCCAUGCAUCCUCCAGCAUUCCCCUCAAAAUUUCAUGAACACUUUUCGUCCGUGUCGUCAAUGGGUUAUACUUCGCCUGCUCUGCGCAGUACCAGUGGGUCCGGCUCCUCGUCUGGCCCGUCUGUUCGCUCCAUACGCUCUUCCAAUGCCCCAUCAGUAUCCACUUCUGAUAGUCACGGCCGCUCGAGUCGCCAUUCGGAAGGCGUCGUAGAUACGCAUCCAGACAAAAGAUCUUCGUUACAUUCAGAGUCCAGCUACGGGAAGCGAAACACGGCCAGCAUCGCUUACUCACAGUCACAGUCGUCCGUGCUCGAUACCCGCAGCGACAUCAGUGCCAGCGUCUACGAUGAGCGUUCAAGCACACAUGACGAGGAUGGGGGAAAUGAUCCCAAGGGCGCACAUGCUGACGAUGAAGAUGAUGAUGAUGCAUCGCUCUAUCCCUCAGAUGAGAAGACGGCUGGUAGGCGUACAAUGUACCUGGUCGAAAAUGGCCAGGCUCUGGAAGAGGAUGGAGAUGUAUUCCCACCCCCAUUACCGCCCCCGGUAGGAGGAUACUUUUAA